AUGAUCGAGACGCUGAAGUUUGCAACAUUAUUUCUGGCUGUUGUUGUUUGCCGGGCAACGCAAGAUUAUGGUUAUAAAGAGGGCGAGGAGCCUACUCUGGGUGAUUCUCAGUAUGGAUCUCUCUGGCCGUUGCCUCAGAAAGUCAAAAUGUCCACGGUAGCGUUCAAACUCAGCGGUGCUAGUUUCCAGAUAGUUGACGCUAAAGAAUCGUCUUCUGGUGCGAGCUGCAGGCUUCUUCAAAAUGCAUAUCGAAGGUAAUAUGUCAUGUGAUUGUGAAUGAAUAGCUGCCUACAUAUUUUCAAAGACAGGGCUACAUCAGCAUUCUGUAAUUUAAAUGUUUGUUUAGCGUUGGCUCUGUUAGAUUUUAAAUCAUUCACGUUUUAGUCAUGUUUUAUUUGAAUAGUAGGCCUACAAUUUAUAAGUCAAAACGUUUUUCAGAAGUAGGCUAUGUGAUGAAUAUAGCUAUAACUGUUGAAUGUGUUUUAUGCAUAGAAAUUCCCUAGAAAUCCGCGCUGUUUUUUCACAUACAGUCACAAGACCCGGUUUGUUCCUCCUUCCUUGUUCUGCAGGUAUGACGAAUACAUAUUCCCCAUUUCCAGAAUGCAAGGGCAAAACAAAAAGAAGGCGUUUGCCUCUGAUGUGUCUGAGUUACAGGUGUGGAUCACAUCAGCUGACUCGGAGUGUGACAGCUACCCCAGUGUGACAUCUGACGAGUCAUGUGAGUGCCCUGGCCUGAUGUUUCUCUUCCUUGUUUUUUGUCUUCCUUGUUGGUGCUCAAAGCCAGGUCCCGUAUUCACAAAGCAUCUCGGAGUAUGCUAAUAUAGGAUCAGAUUUCCCUUUUAGAUCAUAAUGAAUAAGAUUAUAUGUACAGGGAGACCUCCUAGAUCAGCGCUUCUUCUCUGAAUUCAGACCUAGGUUUGCAAGGUUGGGACUCUAGCAGGGUAAAUACAAAUAGCAGAGUCUUCACAAGUAUAGUUGAGGGGCCUUCCCAGUGGGAUUGAGGCCUGGGUCUCGUCAUACCACAUCAGUGUUUAGGAAGGUAUUAUCCCCCAGUAAGUCUUACGUCUGCCAGUAUAGCUUAUGUCAGUAGUAGACAGAGAGCGAAAGAUGACCUGGAAUGUCUUGGAAGAUAAUAGGUUUAUUCUACAGUCAAUAGGCAUAAGACCACCUGAUCUUUGUUGUAAAGACAAUUAGCUACUGUUUCAUUAAUGCACACCAGUAGUACACAUGCACGUUUGGUCUUAGCUGUGUUUCAAGGCCCCAAACUAAUAAAGAAAAACUAACAUGCAUUUACUUAGUCAUCAAAGAAGAAACAUCCACUUACCUAGAUGGGUAAGUGACAAAUGCAUGCAUUUUAAAUCAGUAGGCAUUAUCGGAUGUUUAAAACGACAACAAAGGACUGUCUUCUUUCUGCUGCUUGUCCACAGACGAACUCUCGGUGGACUCUCCUGUUGCUGUACUGAAAGCACCUAAGGUGUGGGGUGCUCUGAGAGGUAGGGGUCAUGGCUUUUAGUCUACACACACAUACACACCAUUUUUUGCUAUGUUUAUAUUCGUGAAAUAACUUUGGUCACGCCUGUGAGGCCUUCCUUUAUUUACAUGUUGUUAUAACAUUUCACUUGUUUUCAUAACCCUUGUGCAACUUCUGUGGAUGCGUUGCAUAGCAUCUUGUGUCUUGACCUCGAAAGCUACAGGCAAUAUUGUAAUUCAUAACCAUACUUGAUCUUUGAGACUUACAGUAUACUUUUUAUAGUACCUUUGUACUGAGAGGAAAGCUUGCAAAUAAGCAUUUCAUUGUACUGUUUACAACACUACACUGUAUCCUGUGCAGAUGACAAUAAACUUUGAUUUGAGACUUUAUAUACAUAUCCAGGAGGUUUACAGUGUGUUGUAAAGCAUGUGUUUACAAUCCUGUUGUGGUUGUUGUGUGACUCUGUUGAUUAAUCAUUAUCUAUGUGUCUCAAUUUUUAUUAACAGGUCUGGAGACUUUUAGCCAGUUGGUGUAUGAUGAUGAAUAUGGAGCAGUAAGUUGACAUGAGUGUCGUGAGAAUAGAGUUUGUUAAAAAAGGAGGCCUCACCCAUGUCUGAACCCAAGUCAUGUGAUUGAGGAAGUAACCUACCUUAGCUGUUUACUGUAGCUCUAUUUUAAGUCAUUCUAAUCCAUCAACACAUUUGGCAAUUCAGUUCCCAGCAACUUAGCAAGUUAUUUUCAAUUCCACAUUGUGGUUUUUGCCUCAGUGACUCAGUAUUCAUCAUAUGUACAUGGAUUAAAUUGUAGCAAUAUUUCAAUGAUACUUCUAUAUAAUUGACUUCUAUAUAAUUUUCAAUUUCUUUGUUUUAUUUUCACAGAAAAGCAUCAAUAGGACAGAGAUCCAGGACUUUCCACGGUUUGCACAUCGAGGCCUCUUAUUGGACACCUCUCGUCACUUCCUGCCCAUCAAAGUCAUCUUAGCCAACCUGGUGAGAGAGGACGAUACAUGCGAUUCUGAUUUCAGUUCACUUUGUUGUUGUUAUGGUUAAAUGUUUGCUUUGGCCAUAUGAUCAAAUAAUUGUAUCUUAAUGGCAUAACAUUACAUAACAUAAUGUCAUCAUAACCUCAUGUUCUCCCCUUACCCACACACAGGAAGCCAUGGCGUGGAACAAAUUCAAUGUGUUCCACUGGCACAUAGUAGAUGACCACUCCUUCCCCUACAUGAGCCAGACUUUCCCCCAGCUGAGCCAGCAGGUGAGUGGGUAGGCAGGCGUUGUUAUCGAUAGCCUGGUCCCAUUUCAGCUUCUAAACCUACAGCUUUCACACACCUGAAAAGACUAGAUGGGCGAAGGUGAAAUGGCAAAAAUGAUAUGCUGAAAAGGAUAUGGUGGGAGCUUCACAAAGCCUUGUGGUCUUGGUGGAUCUACAGUGGGGGGGAAAAAGUAUUUAGUCAGCCACCAAUUGUGCAAGUUCUCCCACUUAAAAAGAUGAGAGAGUCCUGUAAUUUUCAUCAUAGGUACACGUCAACUAUGACAGACAAAUUGAGAGAAAAAAAUCCAGAAAGUCACAUUGUAGGAUUUUUUGUGAAUUUAUUUGCAAAUUAUGGUGGAAAAUAAGUAUUUGGUCACCUACAAACAAGCAAGAUUUCUGGCUCUCACAGACCUGUGACUUCUUCUUUAAGAGGCUCCUCUGUCCUCCACUCGUUACCUGUAUAAAUGGCACCUGUUUGAACUUGUUAUCAGUAUAAAAGACACCUGUCCACAACCUCAAACAGUCACACUCCAAACUCCACUAUGGCCAAGACCAAAUAGCUGUCAAAUGACACCAGAAAGAAAAUUGUAGACCUGCACCAGGCUGGGAAGACUGAAUCUGCAAUAGGUAAGCAGCUUGGUUUGAAGAAAUCAACUGUGGGAGCAAUUAUUAGGAAAUGGAAGACAUACAAGACCACUGAUAAUCUCCCUCGAUCUGGGGCUCCACGCAAGAUCUCACCCCGUGGGGUCAAAAUGAUCACAAGAACGGUGAGCAAAAAUCCCAGAACCACACGGGGGGACCUAGAGAAUGACCUGCAGAGAGCUGGGACCAAAGUAACAAAGCCUACCAUCAGUAACACACUACGCCGCCAGGGACUCAAAUCCUGCAGUGCCAGACGUGUCCCCCUGCUUAAGCCAGUACAUGUCCAGGCCCGUCUGAAGUUUGCUAGAGUGCAUUUGGAUGAUCCAGAAGAGGAUUGGGAGAAUGUCAUAUGGUCAGAUGAAACCAAAAUAGAACUUUUUGGUAAAAACUCAACUCGUCGUGUUUGGAGGACAAAGAAUGCUGAGUUGCAUCCACAGAACACCAUACCUACUGUGAAGCAUGGGGGUGGAAACAUCAUGCUUUGGGGCUGUUUUUCUGCAAAGGGACUAGGACGACUGAUCCGUGUAAAGGAAAUAAUGAAUGGGGCCAUGUAUCGUGAGAUUUUGAGUGAAAACCUCCUUCCAUCAGCAAGGGCAUUGAAGAUUAAAUGUGGCUGGGUCUUUCAGCAUGACAAUGAUCCCAAACACACCGCCUGGGCAAUGAAGGAGUGGCUUCGUAAGAAGCAUUUCAACGUCCUGGAGUGGCCUAGCCAGUCUCCAGAUCUCAACCCCAUAGAAAAUAUUUGGAGGGAGUUGAAAGUCCGUGUUGCCCAGCGACAGCCCCCAAACAUCACUGCUCUAGAGGAGAUCUGCAUGGAGGAAUGGGCCAAAAUACCAGCAACAGUGUGUGAAAACCUUGUGAAGACUUACAGAAUACGUUUGACCUGUGUCAUUGCCAACAAAGGGUAUAUAACAAAGUAUUGAGAAACUUUAGUUAUUGACCAAAUACUUAUUUUCCACCAUAAUUUGCAAAUAAAUCCAUAAAAAAUCCUACAAUGUGAUUUUCUUGAAAAAACAUUUUUUUUACCUAUGAUGAAAAUUACAGGCCUCUCUCAUCUUUUUAAGUGUGAGAACUUGCACAAUUGGUGGCUGACUAAAUACUUUUUUCCCCCACUGUAUAACCAUAUUGUUUACACCAAAUCAGUCAUUUCAAAGUUGUAAACGUGUAAGGGCUAGUGUAAAGGUUUAAACUACUCAAUGCAUAUCCAUAUGUAUAUAAUGAUUCCCUUUGUGUAUGACAACUUUUGUUUGAUGUUUUUCUGCAGGGAGCAUACCACCCGUACACGCAUGUGUACACGGCCGUUGACGUGAAGAUGAUCAUCGAGUUUGCUCGGCUCAGGGGCAUUCGUGUCGUCUCUGAGUUUGACACCCCUGGACACACUCAAUCAUGGGGCAAAGGUGAGUGUGGGGUCACUUAGGGGUCAUUCAGAUGAGAAUUUUCUGGCUGUAUCAAGGGGUUCAUUUCUAGGGGGUCAGGGUAGUCUUUUGUCCUUUUAGACAUGCACUUUUUGAAAUAUUUUUGUAAGAAUAUAAGUGAAAUAUGCAGCUACCUGAUAUUGCAUUGGUUUUAUCUACACCUCUCUCAUGCACCCUUCAUCUCUCAUGCACCCUUCAUCUCUCAUGCACCCCUCCUCUCUCCUGCCCCCGUUCCAGGCCAGAAGGACCUGCUAACCCCCUGUUACUCUGGAGCCAGCCCCUCUGGCUCGUUCGGACCAGUCAACCCUAUCCUCAACACCACCUAUGACUUCAUGACCAUGUUCUUCAAGGAGGUCAGCACAGUGUUCCCUGAUGCCUACAUCCAUCUAGGAGGAGAUGAGGUUGACUUCAGUUGCUGGUGAGAGGCUUAUAGGGACAUUUACAUUUGUAAUUUAGCAGACACUCUUAUCCAGGGUGACUGGCAAUCAGUGCAUAUAAAUACAUUUUUAGUAGAGAGAAACAACCACAUAUAAGUCAUUGCUAUUAGACCCUAGCAGAUAUUUCUUUCCAAAGUGACUUACUCAAAGUCUAAAUUUUCAGCACCAACUGACCCACAGACUCCUUAUCCACUACAGAGUUACAUGACCACAAUUUAACAGCCAUGUGACACUGGCUUGUUUGACAGUCAAUGGAAAUUAAAUGAAAUCAAUGAAAACAGUACUGUAGGCUGUAUCUCCGAACAUCAAGCACAUCAAUAAAAACACUUUCUGCCUCUGUCAUCCACAGGAAGUCCAACCCUGACAUCCAGAAGUUCAUGAAGCAGCAAGGCUUUGGGACUGACUACAGCAAGCUGGAGUCAUUUUACAUCCAGAGGUGAGUGGCUUCAUUCAGACAUGGCCUUAAAGUGAAACAAAUGAUAAGUCAUUCGGCCAACCUAAAAAAAACACAGUAACUUACCCAUAUAUUCAAAAAAAAAUCCCACUUCAUUUUCCGAAGAUGAAUUAUUCAUAUUAUCAUGUGGUUAUUUUCUGUCACGUGAUAGGCUCUUGGAUAUCGUCACCACUACCAACAAGGGCUACAUGAUCUGGCAGGAGGUGUUUGACAAUGGAGUUAAGGUAAAAUAGCAGUUAUUAGCACAGGCAGAGAGAAAAGCAGCCACUGAUAUUUAGAAAUCAAAGUCAGAUUCUGAUAUUUCUAUAAUCAAAAUAUCUUUAGUUACCUUAUUCACUUCUUACCUGGUAUUUACAUAGUAGUGCAUGUGGCUUCAAGGCUUGGCUUCUAUAGUUUUUUCCCUGUUAGUAUUAGCUUUUCCUUUCUUACUCUAUCUCCUAACCACCACCAGAACUGGGUUUCAAAUACUGAAAAUAUUAAUUUAUCUGCUUGUUUGAGCUUGCCUGGCUUAAUAAACCAAUAGAAAAGUCCCAGAACUGCAAAUCCCACCCAUCUGGCACUCCAAGCAGACUCAAGCAAAGCGCUCAAAGUAUUAGAAUAACUUUUUUUAAAACAUAUUUCAAACCCACGUCUGACCACCACAUCCCCAAAUAAUAAACAUGUUUUCUGAGUCUAACAAAUCAGUGUAAUACUUGCAGCUGAAAUCAGACACGGUAGUGCAUGUGUGGAUGGGGAACAAGGUGGAGGAGGAGCUUCAGAAGGUGACGGAGGCGGGCUUCACCACCAUCCUCUCCGCCCCCUGGUACUUAGAUUACAUUAGCUACGGACAGGACUGGCAGAAGUACUACAGGGUCGAGCCGCUCAGCUUCAACGGUCAGUUAUCUUCAUCAGACACCUCCCUUUUGUUGGACCCCUGUGAUAUUAGCCAAGGUUAUGGCGUCGGCUAAUGGGGGAUCCUAAAAAAAACAUAUAAUCUUCAUCAGAUAGGUUCUAGGAGAGCUGGAAUAGCUCUGUUUUGGCUUAACAUGCCGAGGUUGAAAAUGCUAAAAUUGUCCUUUCAAAAUGGAAUGACUUCAUUCAACAGGUUUGCACUUGAAUAUUGCACCGCUGUAUCAUAUUGAGUAAUCUGCUCUCUGGACCAAAGUCGUCGUGUACAGAGACAUGGUGGGUUUUUUUUUUAGACCAGCACGGUAACCCCGACCAACUACUUUUUUGUAUGUAGCUUUGGUUCAUGCUAGUCCUUUUCUGGUAGAGAUGGAGAUUGUUAUUGUUGGUUAAACCAGUCAGGGCUGUACAUUGCCUUUGCUUGGUGUUCAUUUAGAUUGAGGCCUAUGUCUGUCUCGUUUGUGGUUAGUACUGUAACAUUGAACUUCUUGAUUUGAUUAUCGUUGCUUGCUGCAGCGCGUUAGGCCUACUUUCCAGAUACUAGCCCUGACAACUCCUGCAUGAUUCAUGGCUUCACAGCGCUUUUCUUAUGUCGGGGUACAUUCAAGAUCAGCAACACUGUAACAUGUUGAACAUUGUAAGCAAGAAGUUGACAUGAAACCUUACAAAUGCAGCCAACUUUAGAGCUUUACUCCAUUUGUUUUGUGAUGCCCCACCAUGAAGAGAGAACCACCCCACCAGAAGCAUCUUGCAAGAGGACAGCUGCAAUUUGUCACUUCUCUACAACGUUGUUUUGCGUCUUGAAUGUACCCAGAGGCACGCUUAUCCAUGGAGGGCUCUCUUCAUUUCCCCCCUAAAAAAAUACUACUCUGCACUAAGUACUAAGUAGUACUAAUACUACACCUAAAUACUCAUGGAGGGCUCUCUUAAUUUCCCCCCUAAAAAAAUACUACUCUGCACUAAGUACUAAGUAGUACUAAUACUACACCUAAAUACUAAGGAUACUCCCCAAUCACAUUGCAUGUGUAUCUACAGUAUGUGAUGUGUGUCUACUGUAUGUAGCUGAAAGCAGACACGCUAAUCCACGUGUGGAAAGGCAACCAGCAGCAGUACCAGGCUGAGAUGGCAAAGGUCACAGCAUCAGGCUACCAGACCCUGCUCUCCACACCCUGGUACCUGAACCGCAUCUCCUACGGCCAAGACUGGCAGGCCGCUUACAAGGCCGACCCACAGGACUUCAAUGGUGUGUGUGUGUGUGUGUGUCUCUGGACACUUUAGACAGAUGCUUUAUUUCUGAAAAAAUACUACUCCUCGGCUCUUGUCUUUGCUGUGUGGUUGCAACUCGCGCAUCCUCAAAAUGUCCAACUUAUUUGGUGGUUGUUGAAUUUCAUGUUUUUAGUUUGAUAUUUUAUAUUGACUGGCCGCAACGCUUAUCGCGAUACCUCACUGUAUAUUUACAUUAGGGCAGCGAGGACCAAUAUAUUGACUUUCUUUUAUUAUUUGUGAUAAAGGAAGACUUUGCCCUGACCAUGCUGUUCUAAAUUGAUAGCUGACUCGUAUGACACAGGUCUAAGGUCCAACCCACCUGCUCUGAGCCUGAACAGGAAAACGCCAUCCGCUUCUUGUCUUAUGAUCCAAUGGUCAUGCGGUUUUUAUUUCUGUGCAACCCUGUUGACUGAAGUAGCAGAAUGAAUAUACCACAGAAUAACUCCAUUCCCAUAAUUUAAAGAUUAAAUGCAGAAAUUAGCAUAGACAUUUUCCCAUAUGUGAUUGCCUCCUGACCCCUGAAUUACCUUUUGACCUUGUGAACCCAGGCACAGAUGCCCAGAAGAAGCUGGUGAUCGGGGGAGAGGCCUGUCUGUGGGGGGAAUACGUGGACGCUACCAACCUGACCCCCAGACUCUGGUAGGCUGCAGACCAAACCAAUUUAAAAUCUAUUAGAAGAUACCUUUCCUCUCCAUCCAUCUUAAACUGCACUGUCUGUAAUGUGAAGGUGUUUCUCUCCUAUCCCCAGGCCCCGUGCCAGUGCUGUGGGGGAGCGGUUAUGGAGUGACAAGGAUGUGAAAGACACGAACGAUGCCUACAGUCGUCUGGCCCAGCACCGCUGUCGCAUGGUCCAGUAAGUCGCCCCCAUAGAGAAACGUACUGUAUAUUACUGUUCUAUUGAAUUCUGUGGUGCCGCCCCUCGCCCCCAUAGAGAAACAUACUGUAUAUUACUGUUCUAUUUAAUUAUGUGGUGAUUCCCCUUGCCCACAUAGAGAAACUUACUGUUCUAUUUAAUUCUGUGGUGAUUCCCCUUGCCCACAUAGAGAAACUUACUGUUCUAUUUAAUUCUGUGGUGCCGCCCCCCAAUUAUAGGAAGUGAUGCAAAAAAUAAAUAAGUAUACAAUGUGGUAACACCCUCUGUCUUUCUUCCUGUCUUUUCUCUCCCCCUUCUAUCUCUGCCUGUCUUCUCUCGCUCUACUAGGCGUGGUAUACCAGCUGAGCCUCUGUUUACAGGUUACUGUGCACAAGAGUACAAAGGGGUAUGA